AUGGCUGUUCUUUUCUGUAUGGUUGCAUUUACCGGUUGGACGUGGGAUGCCUUCGACUUCUUCACGGUCUCCCUAACUACCACCCAGCUAGCCAAAACUUUCGACAAAACCGAAUGGUUUCCCAGCAUAAUUGCCAGCGGACGGUAUUUAGGCCUCUUGCCUGAGACGACGAAGGGAGCCGAUACCAUCCAUUGGGUUCCUGUGGAUAUCUUUGCGCAAACCGUCAUGGAGUUGACCAACAACGCCCAGAACACGUCUCCCUCUCCCAACAGUCUACAACGUCGUGAACCCACGGUCCAACCAAUGGAGUCUCCUUCUCUCCGCUAUCAUCGCUUAUUUUGA